GCAAGCUUCCCCCUCGUACCCCCGACCCCUCCUCCAGCUCCCCCUCCGGCCGCCGCAAUGCCGGUCUACCGCAUCCGCGGCGUGGACGUCGACUUCCCCUACGAUGCCUACGAUUGCCAGAUCACCUACAUGGACCGCGUCCUCCAGUCACUGCAACAGGGUAAUAACGCGCUGCUCGAGAGCCCGACGGGGACGGGGAAGACGCUCUGCCUGCUCUGCUCCGCGCUCGCCUGGCGGCGCACCUUCGGGGAGUUUCUGCGGGGCGGUGGCGGAGGUGGGGGCGGGGGAGGCAGCCAGCCAUCAGGGAGCCAGCAGUCUGGGGCAUCCGCGACCCAGUCAUCGUCGUACCCCGUGAUUAUAUAUGCCUCCCGGACGCAUAGCCAGCUUCGGCAGGUGAUCAAGGAGCUCAAGGCCACCAGCUACAGGCCGAAAAUGGCAGUGCUGGGCUCCCGUGAGCAGAUGUGCAUCCAUGAAGAAGUGAGCAAACUCCGGGGAAAAGCACAGAACAAUGGUUGCCACUACCUCUGCAAGAAGCGCAUGUGCCGUCAUAACAACAUUGUCACUGAUUACAUGAAAAACAACACCGAGCUUGGGAGUGAGCCUUUUGACAUUGAAGACUUGGUUAAUAUUGGGAGAACCAAGGGACCUUGCCCAUAUUACAUUUCCCGGGAGCUUUCCAAGUCGGUUGAUAUUUUAUUUGCUCCUUAUAACUAUCUCAUUGAUCCGGGAAAUCGGCGUUCCUUAACUGGCAUAUCAUGGGACAAUGCAGUACUUAUAUUUGAUGAAGCACACAAUCUGGAGAGUAUAUGUGCAGAUGCUGCCUCUUUUGACUUGCUUACCAGCAACCUCACUUCUUGCAUCACGGAAGCUCAAGAAUGCAUCCAAUUGUGUUCAUUCAAGAGGUCCAUUGAAAAUUCUGCUGAAAAACAAUUUGACCCAGAAAACUAUGCUAUCCUCAAAGCUCUUUUAAUGGCACUUGAAAAAAAAAUCGGUGAGCUUGUAAUUGAUUCCAAGGAGCUGGGUUACACAAAGCCUGGGAGUUACAUAUACGAGUUCCUCUCUGAACUGAAUAUUACGUCUGAAACAUCCAAAAAGCUUAUUGAGACUAUCGAUAGUGCUUCUCUACUGCUCGAGGAAGGAAAUUCUGGUGAAACUAAAGCUGGUGUCAAGGCAAAAUCUACUGUUUCUAGAUUGGAAACAAUUAGAGAUAUGCUUGACAUAAUAUUUAAGGGUGGUGGUCAAAACCAUGCGAAGUAUUAUAGUUUUCAUGUGAAUGAAUCAUCUCGACAGACAUCUGGUGACUCAUUGCAAGUUUUCGGUAAGGCUUCAAGGACUCUUAGUUGGUGGUGUUUUAACCCAGGGCUUGCUAUGGAGGAAUUUCUGAAGUUGGGUGUACGCUCCAUUAUUUUAACUUCUGGAACUUUAUCUCCCUUGGACUCGCUUGCCAUGGAAUUAAACCUUGAGUUCCCUGUCAGGCUAGAGAAUCCUCAUGUCAUUUCUCAAGAUCAAAUCUGGGUUGGAGUUGUGCCUGUGGGGCCAUCAGGACACCCACUUAAUUCUUCUUAUCGGACACGUGAGACUGUAAAAUACAAACAAGAAUUGGGCACUGUUAUAGUUAAUUUUGCUCGUAUUGUGCCAGAUGGUCUCCUUGUUUUCUUUCCUUCAUAUUCUAUGAUGGACAAGUGUAUCGACUACUGGAAAAAUAGGAACCAUGAACAUUCAGUGGAUGAUAGCACAAUAUGGCAGAGAAUGUGCAAGCAUAAGCAGCCAGUUAUAGAGCCUAGGCAGUCUUCAAACUUCCCAAAUGCAAUUGAGGAUUAUGCGGCCAAAUUACGCGAUCCUUCUACUUCUGGGGCAAUUUUUUUCGCAGUUUGUCGCGGCAAAGUUAGUGAGGGUCUUGAUUUUGCUGACCGUGCUGGGAGAGCUGUAAUAGUUACUGGAAUGCCCUUCUCCACCCCGACUGAUCCUAAGGUUCGGCUCAAGCGUGAGUAUUUGGAUAAGCAGGCUAAACCAUCUAACAAAAACCCAAAGGCUUUGACAGGAGAGGAGUGGUAUGUACAACAAGCAGCAAGGGCUGUCAAUCAGGCUGUUGGACGCGUCAUCAGACAUCGCCAUGACUAUGGAGCAAUUAUUUACUGUGACGAAAGGUUUGUGUGGCCAAAUUACCAAUCCCAGAUGUCCUACUGGCUCAAACCUUAUAUAAAGUGCUACUCUAAGUAUGGGGAAGUAGUUCAAACAUUGACAAGAUUUUUCCGGGAUAAAGUUUGUGUAGACCCAAAAGAGAUGGACUGUAAUGAUAGCGUUUCACCGCCUGCAGACAAAUGUCUGCCGCAGGAGAUUCUAUCUGACUCGCCUGCCACAGCAGUAAAUGAGCACCGGGGAACUACAGUAUCAUUGAAUGCAACCACCAGAAAAGACAACUAUAUGAAGUUUACCCAGAUCACUCCUGCCAAUCGCACUACCCUUCCUAUGAAACAUGGCUGUUCCACUUCACAGCUCGCAUCCUCAAGGGGCCAAUUUUCUCAGGAUUCUCAGGUUGUUGAUUUGAUCGAUAAUGCGACCAUGCAUGGACAAUUGAAGGAGCAUACCUUAAAGUCUAUGAGGCUUAAGAAGGCUAAAAUAGCAGAUGUCUCUUCACAAUUGAAACAUAAUGUUGAGUCGAGAGCUUUGACUGGAAACGGAGGUCAACAAUCUACACCUCCAUCAAAAAGAAGUACCAUUGAACAAGCAUGUGAAAAGAAUGAGGCUAUUCAAGAAAGAUGUGGAGGCCAGGAAUCUACUACUGGACCGGCCUUCUUGAAGCUGGCUCGAGAAAAGCUCAGUACUGCAGAGUAUGGAGAGUUUGUUGAAUUUAUGAAGGCCUUAAAAUUGAAAACCAUGCACAUCAAAGACUCACUAGAAGCAAUAGCGAAACUGUUUUCUUCUCCAGGGCGACUCACACUUCUUGAAGGGUUCAGGGUCUUCGUUUCUAAGAAUCAUCUUCCAUUAUAUGAGCAGCUUGUUCGAAAAUAUACCAUGGCUAAUACAUAAUGACAUCAUCUGUUGCACAUAUUUAAAGAUGAAAUGUGGAAAAACCUCAAGCAGCAAGCCCAAAGAAUUCCACUGAAUUCAUGCAAUUAACUGAUGGAUCUGUUGAAGAAGUGGUUCAUCCCAAUCAGUGCAUUGCACAUGUUGUGGAGUAUGUGUAGGGAUCUUCAACUGUAAAUUAAACAAUGUAAUUAUCCUGUAUUAUGUUUCUGGAAAUAGGUUUAUAUAACGCAUUCUCGGUACUUUGGUUCUGGUACAUUUAGUUUAAUGAGCAUUCCCAGGUUUUCAGCAAUGGGCUUAGCUUAUGGUUGUUGUGUUGAACUUAUGUUGUACGUAGUUUGCUACACUGAAAGUGGAAGUUAAUGACUUUUUUGUAUGAA